UUACUAACCUCACCUACUAGGAAUAUUAAUGCGAGCAACGAAUGGACCUUCGAUAUUGCUAAUUCUGAAAGAACCUUCAACAUUUACGACCACCACGAUGAACACGCUGAUGACCGUGCCUACCUUCAAUGGCGAACCAGGCGAGGAUCUCGCCCAAUUCCUACGCCGGUUGAGACUUCGUCUCACACCUCUCCUAAGGCAUUACACAGACGAAGAGGACCGGCGGGAAUUGAAGCUGAUGGAUCUGAUCGACCACCUCGGGGGUGAAGCCAAGAAACAUUACGAGAAUGCCACGUCCGAAACCGAGAACGACUUUAAUCUCCUCUGUAAAUCUCUGGAGGAUUGGAUGCAGAACAAACAAGAUAAUGGCGACGUCGAGAGAGCAAUCGAGGACUUCCUGCAUCUGUCUCAGGGCGAAAAGUCUAUGGAGGAAUAUAUUCGCUAUGCCAAGAAGAUCCAUAACGCCCUGCACAAAGUCCCGGAGAUGUCGAAUGCAGUGGUCAAGGAAGUCAAGUCGGAACAAGUGCGUGACAUUGCAGGAGCGAUUCUCUCACUCCAACAAAGCUUCAACUUCAAGGAAGCUGCAAAGGUUCUCCUGUCUUGUGAUAGCGGUAGUAUCAUCACGAACUUUUGAUUCCGAAGAUGGCUUCGAGGAUGACGAUUAUGAUUCCGAAGAUGACUUGGAGAACGACGAAUCGGACUUGGAGGAAGACGUCGAUCCUGAUGACGACGAAGAAGACUUUGAGUUUGACGCCGAAGAGCUCGUCGCUGCGGAAUCGAACGAACUAGGCCUAGCUAGGAGGUAGCUAGGAGGUAUCCGCCCCACGGACUAGAGAGAGCCUGAUAUCCACGGCGUGAUCCUUUACAUCCUGUGUUUUAGCACAUCGGUUGGUGCCGGAGACCAUCAAGAUUUUUCGUACCGCGGCAACACCUUCGUUGUUACGGUGUAGUUUCAAGCUAUUGUUGAAGGCUGCGGCGUAGUCAGAAUUGAGUAGCUGUGUCUGGUUGAUUGCCAGCAGAGCGGUAAUCUAAGAGGUUUCCUGAACGUAUUCUGAAUCCUGCAUAGAAUAGUGAUGUAAAAGACUUGGAGCUGUAAAUGAAACAUCUCAUAUUCUUCUUUCAC